UGGGUCCUGAGAAAGGAAUGGGCUUGCUGUGAUGCCGCGGGUGCUGCGCUUCCCUUCUCCGCCUCGCGGCAUCGUGAAUGGCCUAGCCGAUCCAGCUUGGCAUGGACGGGCUCCGCGCCUCUCCCAGGCGGCUCGUUUUUCCGAGAAUCCUGCAACAGCCACCAGGCUCUUGGCAGGGCUUCUGAAAUUCCGACCGUUUAUUUGUAUCUAUCCUGCUUAUUUAAAUAAUAAGAAGACCAUUGCAGAGGGAAGGCGAAUCCCCAUAAGUAAGGCUGUUGAAAAUCCUACAGCUACAGAGAUUCAAGAUGUAUGUUCAGCAGUUGGACUUAACGUAUUUCUUGAGAAAAAUAAAAUGUACUCUAGAGAAUGGAAUCGUGAUGUCCAAUACAGAGGCAGAGUCCGGGUCCAGCUCAAACAGGAAGAUGGCAGCCUCUGCCUUGUACAGUUUCCAUCACAUUAUACACUAAGCCUAACUUCUGGUUCCUAGUUCCAGUAUGAUAUCCUGUUGGGUAUUCUGGACAACUUGGACCCAGUAGUGUUCUUCAGAUGUCCUUCCCCAGAGUCUGCCAGCCUGGAGCAGCUCCCAGAGGUCCACUCAGAAAGACCCACCUAAGCAGCUUCCCUUUCUCUGUCGGUGGAGGCAUUAUCAGCCAGGCUCAAAGCUGCUAAUGAACUCAUUCAUUUUGACUACAUAUAUGCCAAGCCCGUAGUCUGAGACAGAGGGCCAAGCUAAUGUGGUAGUGAAAAUCAAGGAAGCACCUCUCAGCCUCUCAGAGAAUGAUCACCCAGAAUUCAUUGUCUGAGUGAAGGAAGACCCUGUAGAAGAUGACUUCAUUCUAGACCUGGGUAUCUCAAAUCCACUUUCAUCCAGCCAUUGCCUGAAGCCAUCUUCCUGUCUACUGGAUGUUUAUAGUGACUGUGGGUAUGAGGGCUUCCCUUUCCCCUGCAGCAACAUGUCCUCUCUGCUUGUUGCACACCAUUCUAGGGAGGAGACUUUGGCCAAUGAACUCUUUCCUCAGCUGGUUAGUGUCUAAGGAGUGAUCCAAUACUGUUGCCCUUUUCCUUGACUAUUAAACUGCUUGGAGGGUAACAGAGAAGCCUGCCUGUGCUUCAUUCAGAAAGCCAGAACAGAAAGUGUACAGUCCUAGAGAAUUCUCAAGUAUUUAUCUGUUCAAACCUCAGAUAACCCUAAGUUUUGUCUUUUGGCAUCCAGCAAUCCAAGGUAUUCAAGAUGUUACUGUAAUUCAGAACUACAGCUUUUGAGGUUGUACUUUUUCUAAAGAAUGGUACUUUGACCUAAAUAUUUAUUAUGUUAGGGUGAUUAGACAAGUGUCUUAGAAGAGACAGGGAAUUCACGAAUGGCUCUUUAUCAUUUCUCCUCCCCGCUUCUUAGUAUCCCAGGCUUGCCUCUAGUUUCAGGUCCUUUAGUUUGCUUCUGCAAGCAGAGAGAACACCAACCUGAGGGGCUCUUUUCCCUUUAUGUACAGUUCAAGUAAAGAUGAAGAAUUUUUUGUAAAAUUACAGAGAUUUAUGUAAAUGCUUGAUGGAAUUUUUCCUGCUAGUAUAGUUUCUGGAAGGUGCUUUCUCCAUUUAUUUAAAACUACCUAUGCAAUUAAAAAGUAUAAUGCAAAAAAAAUUAAACAAUUAGAAAAGAUGUACAUGAAUGUGAAUAUAGAUGAUUCUCUAAAAUUGCUGGCUACCAAGGAAACUCAUUUUUCCUAAUGUUCUGACUGAAUGCUCAUUAAAUGUGGCAUGGAGGAAGAGUCUUGGGAAAAGUGAAGGGCAAUAGGCAAAGACUUUGUAAAGAAAUCCCAGAGUAAUGUUGGCAUUUGGCUGAGGGAUGCUGUUGGCAUUUGGCUGAGGGAUGCUGAUGAGACAAGAAGGCCAGGAAGCCUGUUAUUUGAGCCUAGUGUAUCACAUCUCUCACAUGUGGAGCCAUGUUAUUCCUCAGUCUUACCUUCUUUAGUGAUGGCAUCUGCAGUCUCCUUGGCUUUGUCCUUUAGGUCCUUGACCACACUGUCCAGCUGGGACUCAUGCUUCAGGAAGAAAGGACGGAUGAUGCGCUUGUAGAGCAGUUCAGCCCCAUUAGAAGGGCUUGGGGCCAUGCACCACAACAGGAAGCCACACUGCACAGAAUAAGAGCCAGCGUGGGUAACAGGAGGGUGGAGGGGGUGCAUUCUGACAAUACACACUGCCUUUCACUACUUUGGGGGCAAGAAAUGCCUGUUAUCUUCUCCAAAGGCAUUACCGGUGUUUUCUGCAGGUUAAAGGUGGGCUUUCUUUAGAUGGAAAAAACAUGAAGAUUAAUGAGCCGGUAAGGAAAAGCUGAGACUAAAAAAUAAAAGUUCAAUCACAGCAGGUCCAGGGGCUUAACGAUCUUCCUAACUUGGACCACUUUUUAGUACAUAGCUGUAAGAGGUUUUUAUUAAUCAUAACCCUUAGAAAUCAGUUUAAGAAAAUAUAGUACUUAUCUGCCUGUAUAAAGCCCUGUACAGAUAAGCCUAAUAUCUAGGAGGCUUGUGCUUGGUAAGCUUACCUUGGUAAGUUUAUCCCAUUUAUUCCUCCUAUUAUAGAAAAACUACCUUGUCUGUUCUUGAAUUCUUCCCUUGGUGGAACCUUGGUUUUGGGUAGAUCUUUAGCCUUCAAUGAAUCUUUACAGCUGUUCUUCAUCUUUCAUCUUGAACACAGUUAUUAUUCCUAACUUUUUCUUCACAGCUCUACUUUGCCAUUGAGAUUAUUUUAAAAAUUGACAAUUCUGCCCUAAUAACUUAAAUAAGGAUUUUCACACUAUGUCCAAAAAAUUUUUGUUUAUUCAAAUAAUAAAUACCAACUUGCCACUUCAAGUCAUCCAUGCAAUUUACUCCUUUUUAAGAUAAAAAAAAAAUAAUGAAAGAAAAGGGAAUAUUCAGAGUAUUCUGCUCAUUUCCCUAGAAAGUUUAAUAAACAAUAUACUGGCUUAUUUUAGUUUAAAAGAUUCUAACCACAUUGUAUUCUACACAGCCUAGGUGGGUCUACAAAAAUACAGAAGUCACUUACAGAGAUUCCAAAUCAGUAUUUUUUUACAACUUCUCCUUAAAGUAAAAACAUCUCAAUUUCUUCUGCUUUAAAUUUAACUCUGAAAGACUUUGUCCUUUUUAUUACAAACCAAGGGAUGUGCUCUAAUAAUCCUUUUUAUUCCAAACCAAGGGAUAUGCUCUAAUAAUCCUUUUUAUUCCAAACCAAGGGAUGUACUCUAAUACAUGCCUUUCUAAGACAGUCUUAAGUGCUUUAGAGAUGCAAAGCUGAUAAAGGGCUAACACUGAAAGAGUUUCAGUUUAAAAUGCACAAAUAGCUCACUCCAUCAGCACCAUGUUGGCUCUGAGAAACAUACUACACUUUGAACUUGUAUUACACUCAAAAUACAGAAACAAAACUCAAAUUCUCAACAAAUUAGUAUCUCCAGAUAAUUAUUUUUGAGUCUUACUCUGUCACCCAGGCUGGAGUGCAGUGGCAUGAACAUGGCUUACUGCAGCCUUGAACUCCUGGGUUCAAACAAUCUUCCCACCUCAGCCUCCCAAGUAGCUGAGACUACUGCAGGCACAAACCAACAUGCGUGGCUAAGUUUUUGUAACUUUUUUUGUAGAGACCAAGUCAUAAAAUGUUGCUUAGGCUCCCCUUACCUCAACUACAGUAACAAGUAACUACUGAAAAGUAACCUUUGUGAAUUAAAAUUUGCUACAGAUGCACAGAGUUUUUAAAAGACAGAGACCUGCUUGGCAUGGUGAUGUGCACCUGUAGUUCCAGUGACUUGGGAGGCCAAGGUGGGAGGAUUGCUUGAGCCCAGGAGUUGGAGACUGACAUGGUUAGGCUGUGUCCCCACCCAAAUCUCAUCUUGUACUGUAGCUCUCAUAAUUCCCAUGUGUUGUGGGAAGGACUGUGUGAGAGAUAACUGAAUCAUGGAGUUGUUUCCCACCAUUCUGUUCUCUUAGUAGUGAAUAAGUCUCAUGAGAUCUGAUGGUUUCAUAAGGGGUUUCCCCUUCUGCUUGGCUCUCAUCUCUCUUAUCUGCCUCCGGAUAAGACAUUCCUUUGCUUUUCCUUAAUCUUCCUCCAUGAUUGUGAGGCCUCCCCAGCCAUGUGGAACUGUGAGUCAAUUAAACCUCUUUCCUCUAUAAAUUG